CAAAAAAUCAAAAACAAAAACCACUGAUCCUAAUGCCAUUACCCUCUUCUUCUUCCCCGUCCUUCCGCAGCUCUGAUUGACGAGCAAGGCAGCGGCGUGAAAAGCAGAUUCAGAUUCAAGUCGGCGAGACAGAGGCUUGACAGGUGAGCUGAUGGCGUCAAAGCUGCAUCAAUUGAAAUCAAAGGCCUGUCAAGCAUCUCAGUUUGUUUCCAAGCAUGGAACUGCCUACUACAAGCAGUUGCUGGUACAGAAUAAGCAAUAUGUUCAGGAGCCACCAACUGUUGAGAAAUGUAACGAAUUGUCAAAGCAAUUGUUUUACACUCGCCUUGCUAGUAUUCCUGGGCGUUGUGAAUCCUUCUGGAAGGAAGUGGACUACGUCAAGCACUUGUGGAAGAGUAGGCCGGAGCUGAAGGUUGAGGAUGCAGGAAUUGCUGCCCUCUUUGGGCUCGAAUGCUUUGCAUGGUUCUGUGCAGGUGAGAUCGUGGGAAGAGGAUUCACCUUCACCGGUUACUAUGUUUAAUUUUUCGAGGAAUGUCAAUUUAUAAGCUGUUGUGUUAGCUGCUGCGCCUGGGUCGAAUAUUCAGCGCCUGAUAUGCGAUAUUUUUCUCCUCCAAAGGAUUUCACGUGAGAUUUUUUGUAGCUGAGAUACGACAGUGUUUUUAACUUUCGAUUUGCCCAAUAAUUGAUGUAUCUUGAAGUGGCCUGAACAGCGAGGUAACGAUGGUGCCAUAACUGAUACUGCAGUUGCUCUUUCUUCCUGUCUGGGCCCCGAUUUUCCUCUUUCA